AGCAGCAGUACAGACAUGACAUCAGUCACAUGAUGCAGUCACGUGGUUAUCAGGAAGCUGUGCUCUGUUUACCUAGGUGUCAUCCAUACACUGCGACACCGAGCAACCCCUUUUAUUGAGAUGAAAUCCGGACACGCUUUAAUGACAUGAUUUCACCCGCUGCUCGGUGUUUGUGCCGGUAACGGCUUCCUCCAUCUUUCCUCUGUGAUCGCCCAAGCGUCACCAUGGCCUCUUCAAGUUACACUUGCAUCCAGGACAGCGCCACAGAGAAGGACAAGCUGCUCUCCUCUUUGGCCAGCUAUGGGUCCCACGACCUUCUUGGGGGUGGGAGCUCCCGUUCCACUGGUGUGGUGGGCUCUGAGCUCCACCAGAAGCAGGAGGAAGAGGAGGAGGAGGGGGCCCUGAGGAGGAAACUCAAGUACUUCUUCAUGAGCCCUUGUGACAAGUACUACGCCAAGGGCCGCAAGCCUUUCAAACUGGGCCUGCAGCUGCUCAAAAUCAUCAUUGUGACUGUGCAGCUGGUGCUGUUUGGACUGAGCAACCAGAUGGUGGUGACAUUUAAAGAGGAAAACACAGCAGCGUUCAAACACCUUUUCCUGAAGGGUUAUCAGGACAGCGUUCCUCAGGCAGUCCACACGCAGACGGAGCUGUACAACCGCAUCCACUUUGCCAUAGAGCAGUACAUGGCUCUGCCUCAGAUCUCACUGGGGAGAUACGCAUACGUGUUGGGAGUCGGCGAAAACGGAACUGCGCUGUCCCUCUGCCAGAGGUACUACAGGAGGGGCACCAUAGACCCCGUCAAUGACACCUUUGACAUCGAUCCCCAUGUUGUCACCGAUUGCAUCUGGCUGAGUCCACUGAAUUACAGUCCUGGAAACAUUGACUACAAGAAUUUCACUCUCAAGUUUUACAAGUUGAUAAAUGUAACAAUCGACUUCAAGCUGAAGGCCAUCAACAUUCAGACCAUUAUAAACAAUGAAAUCCCUGACUGCUACACCUUCGCUAUCACGAUCGUCAUGGACAACAGGGCUCACAGCGGCAAAGUUAAGAUCAGUCUACAUAACCAGGCCUCCAUAAAGGAGUGUAAAGACCCCAACGUGUCUGGACACGCGGAGAGCUAUGCACGAGAGUUCUUCGAUGUGCUGGUGGCGGUCGUCUGUCUGUUGUCCCUGCUCCUGUGUGGCCGCUCCAUCCUCAGAGGCAUCCUCCUGCAACACGAGUACGUGCAGUUUUUCAAACACAGACUUGGCCGCAGUGUGAGCUGGGGAGACAGAUUGGAGUUCAUCAACGGCUGGUACAUUCUGCUCAUUGUCAGCGACGUGUUCACCAUCGUCGGCAGCUUCAUCAAAAUUGGGAUAGAGUCCAAGAAUUUCUCAUCCUAUGAUGUGUGCGGUAUCCUGCUGGGAACCUCCACUCUGCUGGUGUGGGUGGGAGUCAUUCGCUACCUCAGCUUCUUCCAGAAAUACAAUAUCUUGAUUGUGACUCUAAGAGCUGCUUUUCCUAAUGUGAUCCGCUUCUGCUGCUGUGCGGCCGCCAUUUAUAUGGGAUAUUGCUUCUGCGGAUGGAUCGUACUGGGGCCCUAUCAUGCCAAGUUCCGCUCCCUGUCCAUGGUGUCGGAGUGUCUGUUUUCUCUGAUCAACGGGGACGACAUGUUUGUGACGUUCGCUGAGAUGGAGCAAAGCGGCACGCUGGUGUGGAUCUUCAGCCAGGUCUACCUUUACACCUUCAUCUCCCUCUUCAUCUACAUGGUGCUGUCCCUCUUCAUCGCGCUCAUCACCGGAGCCUACGACACCAUUAUGGCCCAGACACAGGAGCAGGUGCGCGUCACUGACCUGCACGCGUUCAUUGCAGAGUGCACGGACACGCCCACCUCUGGCAAGUUCCGUGGGCCUGAGGGGCCGUCGUGCUCGUUCCUCUGCUGCUGUGACUGAUGAGGAAGAGGAGGAGGAGGAGGAGGAGGAGGAGGGCGGGGAUGCACAGAGGGAGUAG